CCAAAGAGACACAGCUCUCUCUCUCUCUCUCUCUCUCUCUCUCUCUCACGCGCGCGCACACACAGACAAGUACACAGCCAUUUCAAACUUGCACGCAAAGCUCUAGACCAGCCUCCAAGAGCAAAAGCAGCGCAACCCUCUCUCUCUCUCUCUCUCUCUCUCUCUCUCUCUGUGUGUGAUAAAGUUUUGAAAGAAUCCAAUAGCAAUGGCAGCGCUACUCCUGGCCUCUGCUUCUGCUUCAAUUGUUACAUUAUCAUCACCGUCAUCACCGACCAAUAAAGCCCUCAAGACCACCGCCCUUCCCUUCAUCUCCACCAAUAAUACCCCAAGCCUCUCUUCAAGAAAAUCACCCAGUAGAAAUCUUUCUCUUCCACGUGUAGCUGCUCCUCCAGCUACACCAACGUCUUAUGAGAAUCAAGAAGAAGAAGAAGAAGAAGUUGUGGAUGAGCACGGUGAGGAAAGCUCGUCUAGUUCCAAGUUCUCUUGGAGGGAUCACUGGUACCCUGUUUCGUUGAUUGAAGAUUUGGACCCUCGCUUCCCAACCCCAUUUCAGCUUCUGGGUAGAGAUCUCGUGCUCUGGUUCGACAGGGCUACCCGUGAAUGGGUUGCUCUCGACGACAAAUGCCCCCACCGCCUCGCCCCUUUAUCUGAAGGGCGGAUUGAUGAAGGCGGCAACUUGCAGUGUUCAUACCACGGUUGGUCAUUUGAUGGGCGCGGAUCUUGUGUUAGAAUCCCUCAGGCUUCACCCGAAGGUCCUGAAGCUCGUGCUCUUCAGUCUCCGAGAGCGUGCGCUACAAGGCUUCCUACAAUGCAGUCUCAAGGCCUGCUCUUUGUUUGGCCGGAUAAGAAUGGCUUGGAAAGAGCUCGUGCUACCAAGCCUCCCAGGCUGCCAGAUGACUUUGAUAAACCUGAGUUUUCAUCAGUGACGAUUCAGCGGGAUCUGUUCUAUGGCUAUGAUACCCUCAUGGAGAAUGUCUCUGAUCCUUCCCACAUUGAUUUUGCUCAUCACAAGGUUACAGGAAGGAGAGAUAGAGCCAAGCCUUUGCCUUUUAAGUUAGAGUCUAGUGGUCACUGGGGCUUUGCUGGAGCGAAUGAUGGGAACCCACGGAUCACUGCUGAGUUUAUUGCACCUUGUUAUUAUAUCAAUAAAAUAGAAAUAGACACAAAGCUUCCUAUAGUUGGUGAUCAAAGAUGGAUAAUAUGGAUUUGUUCCUUCAAUGUGCCAAUGGCACCUGGGAAGACCCGAUCUAUUGUUUGUAGUGCUAGAAACUUCUUCCAGUUCACGAUGCCGGGGCCUGCCUGGUGGCAGGUGGUUCCUAGAUGGCAUGAGCAUUGGACUUCAAAUAAGGUGUACGAUGGUGACAUGAUUGUCCUUCAGGGUCAAGAGAAGGUCUUUCUUUCAAAGACAAUGGAGGGUUCUUCUGAUGUUAAUAAGCAGUAUACAAACAUCACAUUUACACCUACCCAAGCAGAUUGCUUUGUCUUGGCAUUUCGAAAUUGGCUGAGACGACACGGCAACAGCCAGCCUGAGUGGUUUGGCAUGAGCAACCAACAACCUAUACCAUCAACAGUUCUAUCAAAACGUCAGAUGUUGGAUAGAUUCGAGCAGCACACUCUCAAGUGUUCGUCGUGUAGAAGAGCUUAUACAUCAUUCCAGGCAUUGCAGAAGUUUCUAAUUGGUGCAACGGUGCUUUUCUGUGCGACAGUCGGGAUUCCUUCCGAUAUAAAAUUACGGAUUUUCUUGGCCGGGCUUGCACUUGUUAGUGCUGGCUUGGCUUUUGCUUCGCACGAACUACAAAAGAACUUUGUGUUCGUCGAUUAUGUACACGCUGAAAUUGAUUAGAAAGAAAGAAAGAUGAUGCUCGGGCAGAGUCUGAAACUGUUUGCUAAUACACAUUUAUAGGCAUUAGAAACUACUUUUGAAUCAAUCUUUGUCCAAACGUUGAGAAUUUAAACAGAUUAUAUGCCCAAAUUGUACAGAGAACUUAUAUAUAGUUCAAGUUCAUAGGUAUUAUAUUAUACAUUGAUGCAUCAAUCUCAAGAUUUCUGAUUGGACCUCAAACAUGUUAAAAGUUAGUUGGCAGUUGGGCAAGCUAGGAUGUGGUAGCACUUAUAUUGGUCAUAUCAUAUAUUCCACAUGCAAAAGAUCUUUAUUGA